GAAAUACAGUUUGGCCAAUUUAGUUUAAGUUGUUUAUAUUCACUCAGCUUAUCUGUGAGAUGUUCAGUUAUGUAUUUACUGUUUUGUAGAUACAUACUCUGACAGACAAGGUUCUGAGUAUGUAAGAUCUUUUUAAAAAGAGGAGAACUUCAGAGAGAAGUACUCUGAAAGCUUAAAUAUAGUCUGACUAUAAUCUUUAACUGCUGUGUACAACUGAACUGCUUUGCUUAAUCCAUUGAGAAUAGAUGUUAGCAUCCAAAUAACUUGCAUCUGUGCCAAAAUGAUAGACUUGCGAAUCUGUCUUUUUAGGAAUGGACAUGUCUCAAUGUGGUUUCUUGGAAUCAUAUUUAAGAAAGCUGAAAAUGCAGAAAGAAUUAACAUUGACUUGACAUGUGUUAUACAGACGUUCAUAGAUAUGGUUUAUUGGCAGGCUAACAACCUCAACAUGCUAAAGGAAGGUAUGAAGAUUGAUACAGCUCAUGUGAAGAGAAAGCAUCUCCACCAGUUUUUGCCUGCAGAAAUCUUACAGAAAAGGAAGAAGCAAAGUGUGUCAGGCACUAGUCAAAAUGCAAGUGGACUUCGUUGCAAAAGGACUUCGUCAGAUGUAAGCUGUUUGGACAGUUCUGGAGACAAAGACUGCAAAACACAAUCUGAUUCCGCUUUGUUAAGUAAGAUACCUAAAUUAGACACGGCUACAGCAGAGACAGAAAGAAGUGCUGUAGAUCAGAUAUCUGAUGGUGGUAAAAAGAGAGAGAAGAUGCACAGCUACAUGAGGCCACCAGUGUCUAAGGAACUCUCCAUUCCUGUUACUAAUUCAAAGGUGGAGGCUACAGUUGCAGUAAGAACAUCAGGAUCUCCAGCUGGUAGCACCGUUCCAGGACGUAACACAGUUUCUCAGUUUAGAGCGCACUUUGUGCAAGGACAGUGUGAGUUAAGUGGGUCUCCAAUUACAGGUGCUAAGAAUGCUGCACCUAAACUACCUUAUUUACCUACAUCAGAAGAUUGCUCCAAACAACCAAGAAAUGGAGAAAAGUUAACUGGCCAGGAUUCUGCAUUCAAAGACAGUGGCAAUCCAGAAGAUGUCAGGAGAAGAUCUACAGAAAAUGGUAUCCUUGGAGGAAGAUCCGUGGUGCUUCCACUUAUUGACACAUCAAGAUCACAGCGGCUUUCCAGUAAAGAACUACCAGAUUCUUCAUCUCCUGUUCCAACAAAUAGUAUUUGUAUUAUUAAAAGAUCCAUCAAACUAACGCUUAACCCAUAACUGGUAUCUCUUCAGAUAAAGAAGAUUAUUACUGGUUUGAUCGUCCAUAUUAUCAGUAUGUGUUGUCAUUACUGCCAAAGUAUGGAAGGUUACCGUUGCCUUACUGCAACUGGCCGGCUAAAAUCAUGUCUUAUUUUGCAUUAUUGUUAAAUGCUUUCUUGCUUUUGAACUGCUCUUUUCAUAUUCUUGUAACAGUUAUCGUUAUUGAAGUCUCAACUGUCAGUAGCUGAAGCACUUUUGAAAAAGCCACAAAACCAAACUGUCCUGUGGCUUGGAUUCAGAGUGUAAGUGAACAGUUAACUACUCACUGCAACCACAUUCUGGUUUCAACUAUUAUGUUUAUCUUAAAUUAUUUUCCCAUUUGGCACAUACAGUCCAGUGCAUCGAUCACAAUGGUGCUUAGCUUCCUCAGCUAGUAGCUUUCCACUGUCUAGCAUAGCCAUGCACUACAUGAGUAUUGCCUCCCAUGGAGGCCCAUAAAUUAAACACUGAAGAAAAUGCAGCAGAGGAUGCUACCAAGGUGUGGAGAUCAUAGACGUUUUCCAUGCCACAUAAUCUGAUUUUUUUUUUUUUUUGUCUUGAGACUGCUCCAGCAUGAGACUAGAGGGUUUUUUUUUUGUCACUGGGUAGUAAAGCUAAACUCAAAUAUGCAGCUGAAGAUGUACUUAAACAUAGCAACAGCCAAGUAGUGACACUACUACCCACCUGCAAGCUGCAGUCUUGUAAGCAACUGGCAUGCAGAGAGUGGUUUCAGAUAAGUCCUCAAAGUUGUUCUAAAUGGUUACGUGAACACUGGUAGUAGUCUUGAGUCUGGUUCUGUAAACUGGUAACACUACUUCCCAGUUAAGUGCAUUAGGGUUUUUUUUGAGGGGUGGGAGAAAUUCUGAUCAUAUGAAACAAAUGUUAUGCAAUUUCUCUAUUGUACCUUCUUUAUAAUUUAAUGUUUUUGUAAAUGAAGCUGUACUUUUUUCUAGAGUAUUUUUGUAUGUACUGUAAAAUACUAUGUUCCAAAGAGAAAUAUAAAA